GACGCUCGCUCGGGGCGCAGCGGGGGAAGGGGCGGCGGCGGGCGGCCGCGGGGCGGCGGCGGGACUAUGGGGAACGGGAUGUGCUCCCGCAAGCAGAAGCGGAUCUUCCAGACGCUGCUGCUGCUCACCGUGGUGUUCGGCUUCCUCUACGGCGCGAUGCUCUACUACGAGCUGCAGACGCAGCUGCGCAAAGCCGAGGCGGUGGCGCUCAAGUACCAGCAGCACCAGGAGUCCCUGUCCGCCCAGCUGCAAGUUGUGUAUGAACACAGAUCAAGAUUAGAGAAAUCCUUGCAAAAGGAAAGACUUGAACAUAAAAAAGCAAAGGAAGAUUUUCUUGUUUAUAAGUUAGAAGCACAAGAAACACUAAAUAAAGGAAGGCAAGAUUCCAAUAGUAGAUACAGUGCGUUGAACGUGCAGCAUCAGAUGUUGAAAAGUCAACACGAAGAGCUGAAGAAGCAGCACAGCGACUUGGAGGAAGAGCACCGCAGACAAGGAGAAGACUUCAGUAGGACAUUUAAUGACCAUAAGCAGAAAUACCUGCAGCUACAGCAGGAGAAAGAACAAGAACUUUCUAAGCUAAAAGAAACCGUGUACAAUUUGAGAGAAGAAAACAGACAACUAAGGAAAGCACACCAAGACAUGCACACACAGCUUCAAGACGUCAAGCAACAGCAUAAGAAUUUACUCUCGGAGCAUGAACAGCUUGUAGUGACUUUGGAAGACCACAAGAGUGCACUAGCGGCUGCACAGACGCAAGUUGCAGAGUAUAAACAGUUGAAAGAUACUCUGAAUCGGAUUCCAAGCCUUCGAAAGCCAGAACCAGCAGAGCAGCCGAAUGUGACCCAGGUGACACAUUCUCCACGAGGCGACAACACAGCCAGGGAGAACACAGCCGGAGAGCCACGGGAGGUGUCUCGAAAUAGUGAUGCGUGGCAGACACAUGAAGCAGUUCCCAGGAGAACAGAAGAAUCAAAACUUUACCCUCCCACCCAGAAGGAGGCAGACUUUCAGGCUCCAGCAGAUCUGAACCAGCACGACGCGGAACCCCGAGAACCCGAGGAGCGGCAGGUGGAAGAGGAGCACAGAAAGGCCCUGGAAGAGGAAGCGAUGGAGCAGGUCGGGCAGGCUGAGCAUCUGGAGGAGGAACACGAUCCAUCUCCAGAGGAGCAGGAUCGGGAAUGGAAGGAACAGCAUCGGGAAUGGAAGGAACAGCAUGAAGCCAGAGAAGAAGCCAACCUUCUAGGGGGUCACGCUCCGGCUGAGGUGCGUCCUUCGGCCGGGCCGGCCACCAGACUCCGACCGGCGUCCGAGGAGCAGCUGGAGCAGCGGCCGAGGGAGCAGCAGGAGGCCGGGCGCCAGCAGAGGCUGCAGGGCCACGCGUGGAGGCAGCGGCAGCAGCAGCUCCUGGCCGGGGCGGCCCGGCAGAGGCAGGCGGGCCCCGAGGACGGGCGGCCGCGGCCCCCCGAGCAGCUCCGGCAGCAAGCUCGCUACGAUGCUAUGGAUCAUGAUAUCGUCCAGGGCGCGGAGGACCAGGGCAUCCAAGAAGAGGAAGGAGGUGCCUAUGAGAGGGACAACCAUCACCAAGAUGAAGCAGAGGACGACCCAGAGAAUGGACGUGAGCCUCAAGAUCACGGGCCCCACGAAGCCGAUCCGGAGUCUGAGGCAGAUAGGGCAGCUGUAGAGGAUAUAAACCCAGCAGAUGACCCCAAUAAUCAAGGCGAAGAUGAAUUUGAGGAAGCUGAGCAAGUGAGAGAAGAAAAUUUGCCAGAUGAAAAUGAAGAACCAAAGCAAAGCAGUCAAAAGCAAGAGAACGGAGAAAUGGAGGAGCAUUUAGUGAUGGCAGGAAACCCAGACCAGCAGGAGGAUAAUGUUGAUGAGCAGUACCAGGAAGAGGGAGAAGAGGAGGCUCAGGAAGAUUUGACUGAAGAGAAAAAAAGGGAAUUGGAGCAUAAUGCUGAAGAGACCUAUGGGGAAAAUGAGGAAAACGCUGAUGAAAAAAACAACGAUGGCGAAGAACAAGAAGUUCGAGAUGACAACCGCCCCAAAGGCCGAGAGGAACCCUAUGAGGAGGAGGAGGAGGAAGAAGAAGAUGGGGUUGGGGCUGCAGAGAAAUCACAGCGAAGAGCGGAAAUGUAGCAGUGCCCCACCUCACGGACGGUGCUCAGCCAACGGAUUAUUUUCAAGCUGCUCAGAAACAAAUCUGCCUACUGAAACUCUAGGAUAUUUAAUUACAAAAAUUAAAAAUUUAGACUUUUUUUUAACUUUUGUAUUAGAAAUGCUCAUACAUUUAUAUGAAUAUAUUUUGAUAACCUAGGUUUAGAGCUUCUUUUAUAUUUAAGCUAAACACAAAGGAGAAGAAAAACAAUAAAGCAAACCUUAGCCUUUGAAUCUCAUUUUCAUAGAUCAUGUGAUGUUGGAAAGGGCACCGAUUUUGUAUAUUUCAGCUUGUUCCUUUUCUAUCUUCUAGUUUCCAGGUGUUCGGUUGUUAGCCUUGAAGAAAAUACAGGAUUUCAAAUAGGGAAUAUUGCAAAGCGCUGUGUAGCCUUUGAGGAGAAUGGUCAGUUUAUUAACUGCUGCCUUUCUGAGGUUCUUGCGUAUAGUUCUGAUGGAAUCUUCGUCCCUCUGUCUCUGGAAUAAGAUCCACUGCAGACUGACGUACAACUGGAAGGGCAUUUUGAUUAUACAGACGUUGUUUUUCAGACUCUUCAUAUCAGUUAGAAAAAUGUUUGGCUUUACCUCAAAUCACAGCCGUUCUGGAAAGGAAUUGGAUUUUAAAAGGAGAUGGUACCUAAACUCGCGCCACAGUGUUCUGGACUUUGAUAUUCCGGUAUUCAAACAAGAUGGGACACAGCAGUGUAUUAACCUUCUUGAAGGACUGACACCUUGUUUAGUAACUAAUUUAGUGUGUGUGUGUGGGUGGUAUGGUCUUCGGGAGCACACCCAUUCAGUUCUACUGAAAUCAUCUAGUGAUAUCCUUGUUUCAAUAUCUAGUUCUCUACAGUAAUAUAUGUAUUUCCCCAUCAGCUCUGUUCCUCAUUAUGUAAUCUCUUUGAUGACAAGUAUGAAUAUGAAGGCAUUUCAGAUGAUACAAUUGAAUAGGAUUAUUUUUUGAAAACUAUACAAUGAAGUACCCAUGAUGAUAUAUAUGAUAGACCCUCAUGAUUUUUCUAUUUUCAGGGACCCGGGCCUGUGUGAUGCCCAUGGAUGGCAUUUUAAUGACUACAAAAGUCCCCUAAAAUUAAAAAAAAAAAUAAAAUAAAAAAUUUCUUUUGAGAUCAAGACAUAUUUGUCUUUUUACAUAAAGAUUUUUAAAUAUCUAGAAUUAGGUUAUAUAAUUCAUAUGUGUGUGGUUUUUAUAGUAAUACACUCAAAUUAGUAAAGACAAAUUUAAUUUCUACCAUUGUAUGAAUGUAAUGUUAGUUUUUAAUAACCACACUCAUGUAUGGUUUUGAUUAUCCCGGUGGAGUGAUUGUGUAUGUAUGCAUAGGAAUGUUUUGUUCAAAUGUAUUUUGGAUUUUCAAUAAUCAUGAAUCAAAUUUUACCUUUAUGUAUAAAAACCCUUUAUGUAAUGUAAAAUGUAUAAUAUUGUACAUAAUAUUCAGAAUACAAUUAUUUUGGUAAAUUAGUUUGUAUUUUUAAUGUCCCAGUUGCAGUAUUUAAUUAUUUGAACCACCUUGAAACUUGGUAAUCAUCAAUAAAGCUAUAAAAAGCAAGUGGUAAAUCUUUUAAA